GAAUAAGUGACCUUCAAGUGCUCAGCCUCUCUAUUAGCCGUUGGUGUCGCUACCCUCUGUCCUGACUUCCAACCGAAAGAAUGGAUGACGGAGAGGACAACGAAAAACCAAGGAAACCGACAACACAUGAUGAGCGAGGUGCAGCUGACCUGGAACGUGUUACUGAUUAUUUCGAAGAAAAAGAGCUCAGUGUUGGACUAGACGCAGUUAAAGCUGUAUCAGAUACUGCUGGUGAUGCCGUGGCCGCUGACAAAGCUCAAAAACAGAAACAAAUGCUUAAGGUUAAGGUCAGAAAUGAAGACAUAGCCUUGAUCUGCCAAGAGAUGGAGGUUAGUAAGCUGAUGGCCGAACGUCACCUCAAAGAACACCAAGGUGAUCUCUACGAGACCUUAGUUGACCUGUGCAGAUAAAGAUAAAAAGAAAACGACUGGAAAACGUUGAUUGUAUUUAAUGCACAUAUUGUACACAUAAAAUGAAGUCUUUCUGUACAAAACUAGCAGUGUUUGCUGUCAUUAGGUGAGGUAUUUUCAUUGGGUGAACAUAUUUCAAAGGGCUUAGGUAGUGUUGUAGGAGUAUGAGUCAUUUUGGUUGAUUUGCAUCAGCUGAUGGUUUUGUGGCUUACAUACAGUCUCUUGACGAAGUGGUUUUAUCUCCUUGACGUCUUCUUCCACCCAACUUGUGAAUGAUGUUACGAAGCUGCAUCAAUUGAGAUGACUAUGGCCGAUGUGUGUGUGUGUGUGUGUGUGU